AUGAGCAAGAAGAAAACGGAAGUACUAGAAGUCUCAAGAGGGCAACCAGUACCAAUGCUGGAGAUUAUAGUGGACGGACAGCGACUGAACAAACAACAGCCUUCAGGUACCUAGGAAGCCGGCAACACGAGAGCGGAGAUUUGUACAGAAAUAUACGGGUAAGAUUGCAGGAUGCAGGGAAUACAUGGAGGAAUGUAAGUGGAAUAAUACACGAUAAACGGAUGCCGAUUAGACUGAAAACACAGGUGUGCAAAAGAUGGUAAGACCGGUGAUUUUUUAUGGGGCAGAAACCUGGGCAUGCAGUAAAGGAAGAGCAUGUGAAGAAAUUGGAAGUGGCAGAGAUGAGAUGUCUAAGAGCCAUUAGAGGUGUAACAGGACGAGAUAGAAUGAGAAACGUUGACAGAAGAUAGGAAUUAAAGGUGAUAGAGCAGAGAGAAAAGAUUCGAGAAAGUAGACUGAGAUGGUACGGACACGUGAAGAGAAUGGAAGUGAAAGAGGAUGAGAAAUGGAGCGUAAUGAACCAGGAACAAGGAGUAGGGUUCGACCAAGAAAACGAUGGAUAGAUUGUUUUCGGGAUGAUGGGAGAGUGGUGGAUUUGGACAAAGUCAACGACAGAGUAGAGUGGAGAAAGGCGUCGAGAUGACCCAAUCUCUCGUGAGGGGACAAACGGGAUGAUGAUGAUGAUGAUGAUGAUGAUGAUGAUGAUGAUGGUGAUGAUGAUGAUGAUGAUGAUGAUGAUGAUGAUGAUGAUGAUGAUGAUGAUGAUGAUGAUGAUGAUGAUGAUGAUGAUGAUGAUGAUGAUGAUGAUGAUGAUGAUGAUGAUGAUGUAUUUGACAUUCAAAGUACAUACAAUGUUUUGUAUACCAUGCUUGCGUGCAAAUGUUAA